CCCGGCGGCCGCCUGCUGCUCCGCGCGGCGCGGCGCUCCUGGCCGGCGGGCGCUGCAUUCUCCGAGUCUCCACCAGAGGCUGCGGGAGGAAGGAAGGGAUCCGUCCCUUGCACACUUCCCCCCUAGUCAGACACGCACACUCCCUCGCUCUCUCGCUCCUCCACACACGCGCGCACUCGCCGCCGCGGCUCCCCCUCUCGCUCCCGCUCUCCCUCGGCUCCUCCCGGCGGACACCGGGGCCGGACCUAGCCGGGCUCCCUCCACACGCCGCCGUCCCGAGGCGCGGGGACUAGGGCGCAGCCCCGGCCGCUCCCCGAGCCAUUUGUGAGCAGUGAGAGCUCAUUCGUCUGCUGCUCUGGGGAGUCCAUCAACACUGGCCUGUGGCUCUGGAUGGAUCUGGAUGACCCCUAGUUCUGGAAAGAAGUCAAGAUCUGUUCAUCCCCACUCAUCACAUUCUCUAAGCACAGGGCCCAUGGCACAAGGCCCACUCUCGAGCUGCUGCCCAACUGCCUGGUGACCCUGCCAGGGGCUUCUGUGAGGGGGGCGCGGGCGGGGACCAGGCGUCCAUGCCAGGCUGCCACCGCGCCCCCUCCCCUUUCAGCCUGGUGCCCCCAAGACUGCGUUCGGGGCCAGGGGCCCUUUGGAGGUGUCCCACCAUGUGACACAGCACCACUCUGUCGUGGGACCGAACAGCAGCGGCCCCGGUGCCUCCCGUCCAUGCUCCCAGGCCUGGCCCUCACUGCCAAGCAUGAGGCCACGGCCCAACGGAGCGCUCUGGGAGGGGGCCACUCUGUGGCCCACACUGCUGCUGCUCCUUCCUCUGCUGGGCUGCCUGUGGGCCACAGGCACCCCUGUCCCAUCCUCUUCCUUCUUGUCACCUGGGACUCAGCAGGACAGUGCACUGGGUGCCGGCCGAGUGAAGCGAGGCUGGGUGUGGAACCAGUUCUUCGUGGUGGAGGAGUACACCGGGACAGAGCCCCUGUAUGUGGGCAAGAUCCACUCUGAUUCCGAUGAAGGAGACGGCACCAUCAAGUACACCAUCUCAGGCGAGGGCGCUGGGACCAUCUUCCUGAUAGAUGAACUGACGGGUGACAUCCAUGCCACAGAGCGCCUGGACCGGGAGCAGAAAACCUUCUACACGCUGCGGGCCCAGGCCCGGGAUCGUGCCACCAACCGCCUGUUGGAGCCCGAGUCUGAGUUCAUCAUCAAAGUGCAGGACAUCAAUGACAGUGAGCCACGCUUCCUACAUGGCCCCUACAUUGGCAGUGUGGCUGAGCUGUCACCUACAGGCACAUCGGUGAUGCAGGUGAUGGCCUCAGAUGCAGAUGACCCCACGUAUGGCAGCAGUGCCCGGCUGGUGUACAGCGUGCUGGAUGGCGAGCACCACUUCACAGUGGACCCUAAGACAGGUGUGAUCCGGACAGCUGUGCCAGACCUCGACCGCGAGAGCCAGGAGCGCUACGAGGUGGUGGUCCAAGCCACAGACAUGGCAGGCCAGCUGGGAGGCCUCUCCGGCUCCACUACAGUCACCAUCGUGGUGACAGAUGUCAACGACAACCCACCCCGCUUCCCUCAGAAGAUGUACCAGUUCAGCAUCCAGGAGUCUGCACCCAUCGGCACAGCUGUGGGCCGGGUGAAGGCGGAAGACUCAGACGUGGGCGAGAACACGGACAUGACUUACCACCUGAGAGGGGAGAGCAGCAGUGGAGGAGACGUAUUCAAAGUCACCACUGACAGUGACACUCAGGAGGCCAUCAUAGUGGUACAGAAGCACCUGGACUUCGAGUCUCAGCAGGUGCACACAGUAGUUCUGGAAGCUCUCAACAAGUUCGUGGACCCCCGCUUUGCCGACCUGGGCACAUUCCGAGACCAGGCAAUCGUGCGAGUGGCCGUGACUGAUGUGGAUGAGCCCCCUGAGUUCCGACCACCCUCCGGCCUCCUGGAGGUGCAGGAAGACGCGCAGGUGGGCUCCCUGGUCGGUGUGGUGACUGCGCGGGACCCCGACGCUGCCAACCGGCCUGUCCGGUACGCCAUUGACCGUGACUCAGAUUUGGAGCAGAUCUUUGACAUUGAUGCAGACACAGGCGCCAUCGUGACUGGCAAGGGGCUUGAUCGUGAGACUGCUGGCUGGCACAACAUCACCGUGCUGGCCAUGGAAGCAGACAAUCAUGCUCAGCUAUCAAAAGCAUCCCUACGGAUCCGAAUUCUGGAUGUGAACGACAAUCCCCCAGAGCUGGCCACACCCUACGAGGCAGCUGUGUGUGAGGAUGCCAAGCCAGGCCAGCUCAUCCAGACCAUUAGUGUUGUGGAUAGAGACGAGCCCCAAGGAGGCCAUCGCUUCUACUUCCGCCUGGUGCCUGAGGCACCCAGCAACCCUCAUUUUUCUCUGCUGGACAUCCAAGCAGACAACACGGCCGCAGUACACACACAGCAUGUGGGCUUCAACCGACAGGAGCAGGAUGUGUUCCUCCUGCCCAUCCUCGUCGUGGACAGUGGGCCACCCACACUGAGCAGCACCGGCACACUCACCAUCCGCAUCUGUGGCUGUGACAGCUCCGGCGCCAUCCAGUCCUGCAACACCACCGCCUUUGUUAUGGCUGCCUCCCUUAGCCCCGGAGCGCUCAUUGCUCUCUUGGUCUGUGUCCUCAUCCUGGUCGUGCUGGUGCUGCUGAUCCUCACUCUCAGGCGCCAUCAUAAGAGCCACCUGAGCUCCGAUGAGGAGGAGGACAUGCGGGACAACGUCAUCAAAUACAAUGACGAGGGCGGCGGCGAGCAGGACACCGAGGCCUACGACAUGUCGGCGCUGCGGAGCCUCUACGACUUCGGGGAGCUCAAGGGUGGCGACGCGGGCGGCGGCCGGGCCAGUCCCCCGCAGGCGGGCCUGGCCUCGGAGCUGCACCCGCUGCCGCAGGAGGCGCCGAGCCCGGAACCGGACUUCUCAGUGUUCAGGGACUUCAUCAGCCGCAAGGUGGCGCUGGCGGACGCGGACGUGUCGGUGCCGCCCUACGACGCCUUCCAGACCUACGCUUUCGAAGGCGCGGACUCGCCGGCCGCCUCGCUCAGCUCGCUGCACAGCGGCUCGUCGGGGUCCGAGCAGGACUUCGCCUAUCUCCACGGCUGGGGCCCGCGCUUCAGGCCGCUGGCUGCGCUCUACGCCGGCCACCGCGGGGACGACGAGGCCCCGACCUCCUAGCCCCAGCCUGGCCAUCCUCCCUGCGCGGCCCGACGGCAGGGUACUUGGAGGGCUCCCCCUUCGCGACACGCCCCCAGGGGAUGCAGCUGAGGGGGAAACCAGGGAUGGCGAAUGGUGACCAAGAGGAGGGAGGAACACCCAGCGGCUCUGGGGUCCGAAAGGGUGAUGGAGAUGGAGCCCCCCCGCGGUGGGGAAAGGACCUGGGAGAAGAUGGAGGAAGGUGAUGCUGCCAUGCCCAUGCCCAGGCUUCCCUCCCUCAUCCAAGUUAAGAGGAAAGAAGGGCUGUUCAUUUAUUAAGCGCCUACUGUGUGCUGGGAGCUACUGGGAGAGCAUCUGCAUGGUCAUGGAAACCAUGAGGUGGGAUCUUGCAGGUGUCAGAUGGGAAAGCCCCCCAGAGAAGUGCUUGUGACCUACCCAGGGGCACCCCAGUGAGUGACAGAGUCUCUGGCACUGACUGGCUGCCUGACCUUGGGCAAGUCACCUCAUUUCUCUGGGCCUCAGUUUCCUCAUCUGUCAAAUGAGGCUAAUAACAGCACCUACCUCUAGUGUCGAGCUGGCACAGAGUAGGUGUUCAAUAAAUGCUAGCCUUUGUUACCAUUC